GUUUCGCUGAGGACUUCCGUGUUAGUUUGUCAGUUACGCGUUUCCUUAGGCUCUAUUAAGGACGACUGAGGCUGACGCAGCAUAGUUGUUGGUUCUUUAGCAACCUGCCUGUAAUCAAAGAGGCAUCGAGACGAGCUGCACCAGCCAUGUCGGUCAAUGUGAUGUCUACCAAUGACACAUCAGCUGUUUGUUUUUUUGAUGUAUGUGACGGCAAAUUCUAUUUCCAAGUUGACCUGGAGGAACUAGAUGGGGCUGUGAAAGAAGAGUCUUUCAGAAAGUCACAGUGCAUUUCCUAUUUUAUCCAAAAUAAGGAGAGAAAAUAUCUACUUUUAGGGGACGACUGCCAAUUUGAACUCCAACACUUAACUGUCCAGAAGAAAAGCUUGCCUGCGUCCAAGUUCAACGUUCAGUUUUACAAUGAAUCUGGCUUGAAGGACAGGAAGGGCUUUGCUGUCAUGCUGUAUGCUAAUAAAAAUGGCAGCAAAGUAGUGGUUUGCUGUAGUGACACACGAGAUAUUUACCCACAGGAAAUGUUCAGCUACGACCCGUUAUUGUUGUUUGUUGUAACACAGGAUCUUCCAGAGAAUAUUGAAACAACUAAUCACAAAGCUUUGUUCUACAUGACUAAACUGCCAGAAACCAGAAACACAUACAUGUUGGAGUCCUCUCUUCACCCAUUUGAAUUCUUGGGUUUUGAAUCUGAGAAAAAUAAUUCUCGUCAACUCACCUUGGCCUUGCAUCGUAAAAUUGAUGAAGUGGAUGACCGCUGCAUGAUGACACUUUCUUAAUGCUGUUUUGUAAUGUUGCCAUUUUUAGUAUAUUCAUUCAUAGUAUAUUCUGCAGAUAGUCAAAAAGAAGAAGCAAUCAAAUAAACAUAGUCAGCACAUAAGGUACACAAAUCACAUACUAUCUGCAGAAAAGCGUUAUUUGCAAAAAACCUCUGGAUGUUGUACAAAAAUUCAAUACGUAUCUAAGGAGAAUUUCUUUUUGCGGUAAUGACAGAAGCUGCUUGGUGUUAUCUGUAAAACACCAAAUAUUUGUGAGGUUAGAAAUUAACUGCCGUUCUGUUCUACUACACGCCGAAGGUGCUUCAUGUAUCUGUUAUGUUUCCCACACCAAACUCAAGCGUGCAUUUAUGUACCUUG